UGUUCAUAAAAUCAUAAUCCAAGCCCAAAUAAUUAGACUCGUUCACAUUAAAAACUGUUGGAAAAAAAAAAAAAAAACAAUCACACGUCACACCAUUCUUCCUCUUCUCCAGUAUUUCCAGCAAUUCCACCAUCUUAUUCAUACUCUUUUUCAUCACACCUUCAGCUCCAAAACAAGCAGCUUCUUGAAAAUUAAUCCUCAAUUUCACAUUUUCUCGAUCCCCUAAUUUCGCACAAUUUCUAGGGUUAGGUCAAAAUUGGAAGAUUUCUUCGGAAAUCGAACCGAUUUCUGUGUCAAUGGCGGAAGAUGAUGGCGAGGAGAGAGAAAGUCUGGUGAAAACUGAUUCGAUGGAGUCUCGUUGGGUGUAUCAACUUGACGAUGAAUCGGAGAUCGAAGACGAUGAUGAUGAAGAUGAAAAUGAUGAUGAAGUUUCGGAAUUGAAGAUAGGUAUCGAUUCUGAAGAUGAAGAUGUUGUCGCGCAUAGAUUGAUUCGUACUGGUCCUAGGGUUGAUUCUUUUGAUGUUGAAGCUCUUGACGUUCCUGGAACUCAUCGACAUGAUUUUGAGGAAUUUGGCCAGUGGAGGAGUACUGUAUUUUUUUUCCAGACACUUGGAGUUGUGUUUGGCGAUGUUGGAACAAGCCAAUUAUACACAUUCAGUGUUAUGUUUGACAAGGCCCCUAUCAAGGAAAAGGAGGAUGUGCUUGGUGCUUUAUCUCUUGUUCUGUAUACUCUAAUCCUAAUUUCGCUUGUCAAGUAUGUACUUGUUGUAUUAUGGGCAAAUGAUGACGGUGAAGGUGGUACAUUUGCUUUAUAUUCACUGAUUUGUAGACACGCUAAGGUUAGCCUUAUCCCUAAUCAACUUCCAUCUGAUGCUCGUAUAUCAAGCUUCAGGCUAAAGGUGCCAUCUCCAGAGCUUGAAAGAUCACUUAAGAUCAAGGAACGUCUGGAGAAUUCCUUAGGCUUGAAGAAGCUUCUCUUGAUGUUGGUUCUUGCUGGUACCUCCAUGGUCAUAGCUGAUGGGGUUGUCACCCCUGCAAUGUCAGUGAUGUCAGCUGUUGAUGGUCUGAAGGUUGGCAUAUCUAGCAUAAAUCAUGAGGAAGUUGUGAUGGUUGCAGUGGGAUUUCUGAUAAUACUAUUCAGUGUGCAGCGAUAUGGAACAAGUAAAAUGGGAUUCAUAGUUGGCCCUGCUUUAUUUAUAUGGUUUUGUUGUCUGGCUGGUAUUGGAAUCCACAACAUGCUAAAGUAUGACAGAGAUGUCUGGAAGGCUUUUAACCCAAUCCACAUCUACUACUACUUCAAAAGGAACAAAAUUGAGGCUUGGUAUGCUCUUGGGGGUUGUAUUUUAUGUGUGACAGGUUCUGAGGCUAUGUUCGCUGACCUUUGCUACUUUUCGGUGAGAUCAGUUCAGCUGACUUUUGUGUUUCUCGUAUUUCCGUGCCUCAUAUUGGGCUACCUUGGUCAGGCAGCUUAUCUUAUGCAGAAUCAUGGCGAUUCUGCCCAAGCAUUCUACUCAUCUGUACCUAGUGGGGCUUUUUGGCCAGUGUUUAUCAUUGCUAACGUUGCCGCACUGAUUGCUAGUCGAGCAAUGACUACUGCUACUUUUUCAUGUAUAAAGCAAUCGACUGCUCUUGGCUGUUUUCCCCGGCUUAAAAUCGUCCAUACAUCUCGGAAAUUCAUGGGGCAGAUCUACAUUCCUGUUCUGAACUGGUUUCUUCUCACGGCUUGUGUGGUGUUGGUCUGCUCUGUUCCUAGUAUUUCAGAGAUUGGAAACGCUUAUGGCAUUGCUGAGCUGGGAGUAAUGAUGAUGACAACAAUCUUAGUGACCCUUGUUAUGCUUCUUAUAUGGCAGAUUAAUAUUAUCACUGUUGUGGCUUUUCUGGUUCUCUUCAUGGGAAUAGAAUUUACUUUUUUCUCAUCAGUAUUAUGUUCUGUCGCUGAUGGCAGUUGGAUCAUAUUGUUAUUUGCUGUAGUCAUGUUUCUUAUAAUGUCCGUAUGGAACUAUGGGAGUAAACUGAAAUAUGAAACUGAAGUCAAGCAAAAGAUGUCAAUGGAUCUUCUUCGGCAGCUGGGCCCUAAUCUUGGGACAAUCAGAGCUCCGGGUAUAGGCUUGCUUUAUAACGAACUAGUGAGGGGAAUACCAGCCAUAUUUGGCCAUUUUAUAACGACCCUACCAGCUAUUCACUCCAUGAUUAUUUUUGUCUGCAUCAAGUAUGUUCCAGUGCCUGUGGUGCCACAGAAUGAAAGAUUCCUCUUUCGACGCGUUUGCUCAAAGGGUUAUCACAUGUUUCGUUGUAUUGCCCGGUAUGGGUAUAAAGAUGUACGCAAAGAGACCCAUCAGACAUUCGAACAGCUACUUAUUGACAGUCUUGAGAAAUUUAUUCGCAGAGAAGCCCAAGAACGGUCACUAGAAAGUGAUGGUGACGGGGAUGGGGAUAUAGAUACCGAGGAUGAAUCUUUCUCAAGGUACCUCGUUGCCCCAAAUGGGAGUUUCUAUUCACUUGGUGUUCCUCUUUUAACGGAUUUCAAGGACACAAAUAAACACAAUUCAGAGCCAAGCACCUCAGGAGAGGUGAGGCCAGACACUCCAUCAGACACAUCUGAUCCUGAACAAAGUCUUGAUAGGGAGCUGUCUUUCAUUCGGCAGGCUAAGGAAUCAGGCGUUGUUUAUCUGUUAGGUCACGGAGAUAUUAGGGCAAGAAAGGAUUCUUGGUUCUUGAAAAAGCUUGUCGUAAAUUAUUUCUAUGCCUUCUUACGGAAAAACAGCCGAAGGGGAACUGCAAACUUGAGUGUGCCUCACUCCCAUUUAAUGCAGGUAGGCAUGACAUACAUGGUUUGAAUAGUUUAUAGGCAAAAGUUUUUUUGGUACCUUGACGACCAUCAAACAAGGGGGUUCCUCGUGAUUAAGAAGUGGUUUAUGCCCAUGAAACUCGAGUGACUUUCCUCGCUACAUGGUUUGAUCUCUUCCUGGUUUUGCACACGACAAAUUUUGGAAGGUUUAGCUACCAUAUAUAUAUACUCCAAGAUCAGCUUACAUCAUUUUUAAUGUAUUAAGCUAAGAGAGGUGUAUAUUAGCUACUUGUAACCUGCAAUAUUCUUUCACCUAUAGCGGCAAAUUUCUUGUUCUUUGAGAAUGUAACCUGCACUCUCAGCUCAAUUGGUUACUCGCCAAUCUUAACAGUUUGUAAAGUUGAGUUUGAUCAAUAUAUUUUGGCUUUUCUGCUGUUCCUUUGCUAGA